AUGUUCCUUGGAGAGCUGCAGCUGCGGCAUCCCUGCCUGGUGAGGAUGAUCGGCUACUGCUGCGAGGAGGAGCACAGGCUCCUGGUCUACGAGCUCAUGGCCCAUGGCAGCUUGGACGACUACUUCUUCAAGCGUCCUGUGCUGCCAUGGUCGACCAGACUAAGCAUUGUCUUAGCUAAAAGGCCUAGUGUCCCUCCACGGCGCGGAGAAGCCAUUGAUCUGCGGCGAAUUCAACUCCUCCGACAUCCUACUUGCCUCGAUAUUCGUGUUGUGUUGUCAUUGUCAACACGAUUAAGCAUUGCUCUAGCUACCGCGAAAGGGUUGUUGUCCCUCCACGGUGAAGAGAAGCCAUUGAUCUCCAGCAAAUUUAACGCCUCCAACAUCUUACUAGACUCGUAUAACAAUGUCAAGCUUUCGGACCUGUGGUUCGCCAGGAAAUAUGGGAAAGGUGACGACUCUAACGAGUACACACUCAUGACAAGUGGGUACGGCUGUCCGCCGGAGUACGUCAUGUCUGGGGACUUCACUAUGAAGUGCGACGUCUACUGCUUCGGGGUGGUGUUACUAGAGAUCCUAACCAGGCAGAGGUUGGAUUGGGUGACGCGAGCUUCAGAACAGAACCUGCAGAAUCUACGACCGCGUCUGAGAGACCCGCUCGAGCUGGGGAGGGUCAUGGACCCGGUGUUAAAAGACAUUUACCCAGUCGCAGCGGCACAUGAAGCUUGCAUGGUCGCGUAUAGGUGCCUUCACGCAAGCCCCGAGAAACGUCUAAGCAUGCUAGCUGUUGUGGAGGCGCUUGAUUUGCUUGUUCGUGCCACCACCACAGACGAGGUCAAUGUUGGACAGACAAACACAAGGACGUGA